AUGGCCGAUUUACACAGCCAAAUGAAUUUAUAUUCCAUGACCAGGAUGGCGCUUACUUUGGGACCAGGUCUUGGGUUCUUGAUGUAUCUACAUUCUUCUACUUUAAACGCUAGGCCUGACAUUUUGGAUAGGGAAAAUAGAAUUCAUGACACUCCGUUCCACCAACUCAUGGACCACUACGAUUUUAUAGUGGUGGGAGGGGGAAGUGCCGGCUCAGUUUUGGCCAAUAGACUGAGCGAAAACCCAUUUUGGAAUAUUCUUCUACUAGAGGCAGGCCCAGACGAAAUUUCCUUGACGGAUAUGCCUCUACUGUUUCCUGUCUUACAAAGAUCCCCUUUGGACUGGCAAUACCAAACGGAAGCUGGGGAAACGUACUGCAAAGCUAUGAAGGAAGGAAGAUGUAACUGGCCCCGAGCAAAGGUCCUUGGUGGUUGCAGUACCAUAAAUGCGAUGCUUUACAUCAGAGGCAAUAGAAGGGACUACGAUCGAUGGGAAGAGCUGGGAAACCCAGGGUGGGGAUACGAUGACGUUUUGCCGUACUUUAAAAAAAGCGAGGACAUGCGUAUAGAAGAAUACAAGGAAGAUAAGUACCACGGCACUGGAGGACCCCUAACUGUGGAAUAUUUCAGGUAUCAUUCUGCCAUGGCCCCUUCCUUUCUAGAAUCCGCCAAAGAGUUGGGUUAUAGCAUUCUAGACGUGAACGGGGAGUACCAAACAGGGUUCACCCUUUCCCAUGGUACCCUACGCGAUGGUCUACGAUGCAGCACUGCCAAAGCUUUCCUAAGACCGUGUUGCAACAGAGAAAACUUGCACGUUAGUCUACUAACAACGGUAGAAAAAGUUAUCAUAGACCCUGAGAGUUAUCAAGCGACUGGGGUCAUAUUGAAGAAGCUAGGGGCCAAGAAGACCAUUUACGCCGAUAGAGAGGUCAUCCUUAGUGCCGGGUCUUUGGCCAGUCCACAGUUACUCAUGCUUUCCGGGGUUGGACCCAAAGACCAUCUGGAGGAUUUUGGUGUCGACGUUAUAGUCGAUUCACCUGGUGUAGGUAUGAACCUUCAAGAUCACGUUGCCAUGGGUGGGCAGGUGUAUCUUUUCGAGAUGCCAGAUGGUUACGAAGGCGACGAAAAUUACUGCUUCAACUUGCCGAAAGUUUUCGCCCCUGAUACGGUCGACAAAUUUACGCAAAAGAAGGAUGGGCCGAUGUACUGGCUUCCGGUGUGCGAAGUCAUGGGAUUUGUCAGCACCAAAUACGCCAACCAAUCGGAUGACUGGCCGGACAUCCAGUACUUCAUGGCCCCCUAUUCCGACGGAAGUGACGGCGGUCUAUUUGGACGCAGAGCUGUCAAUUUGGCUGAUGACGUUUACAGCGCCGUCUACGAACCGAACAUUUACAAGGAAACCUUCAGUAUAUUAACCUUGGUGAUGCGCCCUUACAGCAGAGGCAGGCUUAUGCUUAAAAACAACAAAAUCGAUUCUAAAAUACUGAUAUAUCCGAAUUAUUACGGUGACCCUAGGGAUUUAAAAAUCAUGGUAGAAGGGGCUAAAAUGGCGAACAAGUUGGCCUACACGAAAGCAAUGAAGAAAUACAAUGUGAGAAUAAACCCGUACAAAUUGCCUGGGUGUGAGGAACACGAAACUUUCUCGGACGAUUAUUGGGCAUGCCAAGCUCAACAUUACACCAUGACCAUUUACCAUCCCACUGGUACCGCCAAAAUGGGCCCUGAUAGUGACCCAAUGGCGGUAGUAGACCCAAGGUUAAAAGUCCGCGGUGUCAAAAAUCUAAGGGUAGUCGAUUGCUCGGUACUGCCUUACAUAACAACUGGUAAUACCAAUGCCCCAACAAUCAUGGUGGCUGAGAAAGCGGCCGAUAUGAUUAAGGAAGAUUGGGGUGUUCUCCACAAGUACUACGAUUCGUCGGAAGAACAUGAAGACAACGCAAGUGGAGAAAAAUCCGAAGAAAACCAUGACCAACUCGAUGGUUACGAAGAAGUUACAGGCAAACCAAAUGCAGAUUUAAUAGAAGGUUCUGUAAAGGCAAAAGAGGAAGUACUCAGAGAAAAGCCGACAACUUUAAUGAAGAAAACACCUAAACGCCAGAAAGAUAUGGAUUAUUGGUAG